AACCUUUGCUCUGCUUUUUUUCAGGCCAAUUCUCCGGAUGAGAAAGCUCUGGUCGAUGCAGCUUCGAAACUGGGAAUCGUUCUGAAAUCCGUCAGUCCAGAUCCGCACUAUGAAAGUGCUCGUCGAUUGACUUUCCAAAUAAACUGGGGACAAUCUCAUGCGGACGUGACGACUCAAGAAUUCACAGUCGAUGCGACCCUGGAGUUUGAUUACACACGAAGACGAAUGACUGUGAUGGUUCGUCACCCUGACGGGACAUUUCACAUUCACACCAAAGGAGCCGAAUCGAGCAUGUUAGAACCGAAUUUAUGUAGCCGAACAAGUAGUGAGAUUCGAACAAAAGCACUGGAAAGGGUCAAUGAAAUUGCUUCGGCUGGACUCCGGACCCUGGUAUUUGCAACAAAACAGUUGUCUCAAGAUGAAUAUCAACAGCUAUUGGACGAACGUCGCAUGGCACUGAGUCGACUCGGGGAGGCCAGGCGUGAGGCGUUACGAGCCAGCACUGAACGAAUUGAAUCGGGUCUUGAGCUACUAGCUGUAACCGGAAUCGAGGAUAAAUUACAAAUAGGAGUGAAGGAAUGUUUAGAAAACCUCAGAGCGGCUGGAAUACAGAUUUGGGUACUAACUGGUGACAAGGAGGAGACAGCAAUCACCGUCAGUCAAUCGGCUGGACACUUCCCGGAAUCAAUGACAAUACUACGUAUAACCGGGUGCACCGAUUUCACUUCAGUCGCUGAAUUGGUGUUCAAGCACCUCCAAGGCUUGGAUGCCAGAUAUGAGCAAGCCCGACUAAAUCAGUGUUGGCCAAAAAGCAAAUCGAAAGUGUCUGCCGGCAUGAGAUGGUUGAGUCCCACGUUGGACGAAAUCGAUGAAGUUGUUUGCACUGCGGCGCAAUUUGCAAUCGCACCUGAUCCACACAAGAAGAAAAGUGACUUUGUCAACAUCAAAAGCUAUAGUAGUGAGACAGAUGUGCGAUCACCGACAUAUCGUGUGCCCGGUCGCAGGGGUCGAAAGAAGCCCGGGGCCUCGGGGGAAUCCGUUGGCCUGGUGGUCGAUGGUGCUAGCUUGGUCCAUGCGCUACAUCCAUCAUUACGCACCGCAUUUUUGGAUCUAUGCAUGAACGUCACUACCGUACUGUGCUGCCGCAUGUCACCUAUGCAAAAGGCGUCCAUGGUUGAACUGGUUCAUCUGGGUCUGAAAGAUGCGAACCGUCCGGUAACCGCUGCUAUUGGAGACGGAGGAAACGAUGUAUCAAUGAUUUUGCAAGCCAAUGUCGGAAUAGGUAUCUACGGUAAGGAAGGCAGGGAAGCCGCACGAGCUGCGGACUAUGUCCUUCCGCAAUUUCGACUGAAUGACAGCUUUGUUGGUAAUCAAUUAACCGGUAAAUCUGUGUUGUCUCCUCUAACAUCUUCCACCAGAUUUCUGCAAAAUCUUCUACUUGUGCACGGGCACUGGGCUUACUAUCGAAUCAGUCACACUAUGCUCCUGUUCUACUUCAAGUGUGUGGCUCUCGUGACCACCAAUGUCCUUCUGUCCUUCUACUCUGGAUUCUCGGCAAACGCUUGGUUCUCCAGUAUAAUUUUUGGAUUGUACAACUUGACGCUGACGUCAUUGGUCUACAUCCUGUUCGGAAUGUUUGAGCGACACCUAACCUAUGAUCAGCUGAUGGAAAAUCCAAAACUUUAUCGCACGGUAUGUCAUUCUGAUCAGUUCAAUGGUGUUUUUGUUAUAAUCCACAUUAUU